CAACUUCCGCCCUCUUUGUGACGUUGCAGAUUCAUCAACUACAUCCGGGUAAUUGUGGUGACCUUGGUCGGUUGAUCAUCAUGGCGGCUAUCAUCAGGUUGAGUUCUGUGUGUCGCAGAGGAGUUAAACCUCUGUUCUACCAAAGCACGUUGCUGGCCAGGCCACUAGUCGUACCGAACAAAUACCAGGAGCAGCCCCACCUGCUGACAGCGAGGAUUCAUUCAUCACAGGCUCUCUAUGCGGGCUCUGACUCCAAAGCUGCGUCUUUGCAUUGGACAGCAGAGCGAGUGCUGAGCAUCCUGCUGUUGGCCAUGGGCCCCGUAGCCUAUUUUUCCCCUGGUCCUGCCAUCGACUACUCCCUGGCUGCUGCCCUGACCCUGCAUGGACACUGGGGUUUAGGGCAGGUGUUGACAGACUAUGUUCAUGGAGACACAAAAAUCAAGAUAGCCAAUGCAAGUCUCUUCGUCCUGUCCACCGUCACCUUCGCCGGUCUCUGCUACUUUAACUACAACGACGUGGGAAUCUGCAAAGCCAUCGCCCUCCUCUGGAGCAAAUGAACAUGACUGUGGACUGGGAAGCUCAGGAGAACAUACACACUGGGGCAAGAGCAAUGUUGUCCUGGCUGACUGUAAAAAAUUCAAGGCGUUCUUUGUAAAUUCUUAUAAAUAUAUCAUUUUGACAAUACUGCAUUGAUUCAUAGAUGUGUAAUUGUUAUUAAUGUUGAUCACUUCAGGCUUGGUCUCUGUAUUACAUUGGUUGGGCCACCAGCAUCCAUUUUCUCUUUGAAUAUCUCAGAGUAGCUUCUGUUUAUGUUCAGCGCAGACUAAACUCAAGCUGCAGGGACGUGGGUGUUUUGAAGUAAGCCGUAAUGACUUUGACCUGUCUUACAGAGAACUGCUGAUUGACAUCUGUUUUUUGUUUUUUUUCUUGUUUUGGUCCUUCGCGUGGCUGAUUUCUUAAAUGUGUUUUGUUUCAGUGUCAGGGUGUACAUAGUAGCUUUUACUCUGAAACCCAUCAGGACUAGCGGGGCAGACUGCAGUUCUGAGCAGCUGUUGCCCGGAGUCCUGUCUGUGCAGAUUCACAGUAAUCUAAGUACUUCAGUAGACGGAGACUGGACUUCUUUUUACAUCCAAGAGGCUUCCUCAGUUCUGACUGACUGCUGGGUAAUCCCAGAUACACAGCAAUGACUACAUUGUGAACGACAGGACAGAUGGUUUGAGAGAGGAGCUAAAGUAGAAGAGCCAUCUGCAAACAGAGGAGGGGGUCUACCUCCCCACUUAUCAGGUACUUUAAUCACUACCCAGGCAGUUUCACCAUCUUUAACACCUGGACUGGUGAGUUUUCGAUGGCUAAGAGACUGUGAGGCAUGUAAACAGAGGUGAGAAUGAACAUGUGGGACUCCCAUCAGUCAGCUAGAAUUACAGAAGCCUCUUAGAUGAGAGGUGAAAACUCUUCAAGAACCAUAAAAAGUCCAGUUGCUUUCUACUGCAGCUCUUAGGAUUUUCUAGGAGAGUCGCAUCACCCUUCAAACUACCCGCUAGUUGCAGUCGUUCAUAAUGUCCACUUAAUGCUUCUUUUAUUGCAUCAUCAUGGCAUCCUAGAUCUUGGCUGAAAGGAGCAGAUACUGCUGCCAAGUUAAAGUCAGAGGUUGCAUUGUGAAACCUCCAACCCUCGGUCAUGAUGAGCUACAGUAACCGGGACGAGUGUGUACUUGCUAGUAAGAUGGCGUGUUUGUUCAGAAGCUCUGCUCUGCCAUGUUAUUGAAGGCGCAGUAAAGAUAAGGGAGGCUCGAUCUCAAGUGCAUCAUAAAUUCAAGCCAUGCAGAAAUAUUAACCCACCACUGCAUCUCCAGCUCAUGGCGUCUGGCAGUAGAUGAAUUCUCAUCUGUUAACGGUGUGUAAUCCACAGCAGGGUGUAAAGUGUGCAAAAUACCGUCCUCUAAAAGACAGUAAUGGUGGCAUGAGUGCCUCUGUAAGGUGUCACAUUGUAUUGUACUUCAUGUACAAAUUACAAUCUCCUAAUGCAGGAGAAGGCUGCAAUUUGGAGACAAAAAAGAAGACAUUUCAAAAUAUAAACGUACAUUUAUUUUGACCAUUUUAAAAUUCUUGACAAUUUUUCUCAAAGGCUUACUUCCAGGCACUGUUCCCAAAUCAGCUUAUAUGAGAACAAGACUCAGCAUGUCCAACCACAGCUCUACAUGUUAUGGUGUGAUCGUGGAACAUUUACUCGGAGCACAUACAUUCACAGAGUCCUUGCAUGCAGCCUUAACAAGUGAGAGGUACACCAGUUAACUGUUGUCACAUCUGAGCUCUGGAUUUGUUGUCAUGAUGCUCAUGCAGUAAAUGUUUAUUACAGCUUACAAA